ACUGGUGGAAUCUUCCCGUCAUAUUCGAAAACUUGAGAAAUUUCAAGGCAAUAAUCUUCCCCGAUAUUUCCUAGCUGUUGAAAAGUAUUUUGUUCGUUUUCGACAUCCGAGAAGAUUCCUGCCCUGUCGUUUACUGACUUUCCAGGUACAAACCCCGCUUCCUUGAUGUUUCCUUCUUCAUCAAAACUUUAUCGUGUAGAACUUUUCUGGUGAGGGUUUCCUAUAUUAAUGAAAUGAAACAACAGAGAAGCUUUCUUUUAACCUUAUCGUGUACGUUGGGAGAAGAGCCUCAAGUAAACUAUACAGCGAAGACAAUCUUUUCAUUUGUCGGAUGCUUAUUCGGUGGCUGCAAAGACAUUGCAAGGAAAAGACCCGGAAGGAGUUGAAAUGUUCUUUGCGCUGCUUUCUUAAACGGCUCUUGAGAGAUCUAUAAAUAAAGCUGAAGCCAACGUUUACAUAAGAAAUUUCAAUUCGCAAAACCCGUCUUCUUUUUAACAUUGCUGCUUGAUCGGUGUAGGUGUUGUUUGUUCAACUAAUUGUUCUCUUGCUGGCAUUAUUUUGUGCUGUUUUCUUGUUGCUGGGCAGAGUUCUCUGUUUCAGUAGUUGAAACUGCUUUUUUCUCUCCUAGAGAAAAUAUAUAAAUUUGUUUUCUGCCCGUUGUAGAGAGAAUUAGAAGUGAGUUUAGGUUUCACAAAUUUACGGUUUAUAUAGAGUUGUAUACGGCUCUUAACUAGCGAAAUUGUGUUUAUCAAUCAAAGAUGACCUUGAAUUGCAAGGCUCUCUGGAUGAGAGCCGAUGUAAAGCUCAAAUGCCUAAUCCCAAUUAUUCAGCAACUGUGUUUGUCUGAGCUAGAACUGCCCAAAGACCAGCGAAAUCACAUUUUUAAUCAGUUCUUCAACACCCUUAUCAAGGGUGCAGAGCUGUUAAAGAGAUGUGAGAAUAUUAGCGCUUUUAACAUCUUUCUUAGAUUUAGGUAUGCUUCGGAGAUCUUCCGCCUAGAGGAGGAGAUUCGUCAUUUCAUGGAUCUCAUCCCUGCCCAUAUAUUGCUAGAUUCCAGAAAGCUUAAGCAAGAAUUGCAAGAUUAUUACCAGGAGUUACAGCCUGCAGAUAUGAGUAAUAUGCUGAAAGAAUCCAUCUGCAAACCAGCUUCCCUGCUUACCAACAACGCCUCUAGGAAUACCAUAUUGCUUCAGCAAAUGCGUUUAGACGAUUCGUGUGAGGACGAGGGUUUUAAUCACUCCGUCCAUGACAUGCUUCCUGUGAAAUCUCAGUUUUAUGUGGGGAUAGAGAAAUCUAUUGGAGACUUGAAGAGGCUUUUGUUCCAGCAAGAGGUGUCGGUCGUUGGUGUGCAGUGUAUUGGCGGUGGUGGAAAAACUACUUUGGCGAUGGCUCUAUGCAGUGAUGAAGAUAUUAAAGGAUGUUUUCAAAACGUGGUUUUCAUUACUGUUUCACAGUCUCCAAAUGUGAAAGGGCUUUUAGAGACAAUGUGGGAUAAAAUUGUUGGAUUGAAGAGGCCUGAGUUUCAGAAUGUAGAAGAUGCACGUAUGCAACUCCAGAAGCAGCUUCAAGGGCUGUCUAAAUCAACUCUGGUGGUAUUGGAUGAUGUCUGGUCAAGAGUAAAUUUGGAGAAAUUACUCUUUCAAGGGGCAAGGUACAAGACUCUUGUCACAACUAGAGAUAGCUCUUCGAUCCCUAGAAACCACUCUACUCAAUUGUAUCAGUUACCAUUGCUGGGCCAUGAAGAUGCUCUGUCUCUUUUCUGCUUCUGGGCUUUCGGACAGACAUCAAUUCCAACUAAUGAAGAUGCAAGUCUAGUUAAAGAGGUGCAAGCAGAAUGUAAAGGCUUGCCACUUGCUCUAAAAGUGAUUGGAAGCUGUUUGAAUGGAGAAACUCGUGUGGCCUGGGAGAGUGCAAGGACCAAACUAUCCAAGCGGGAACCGAUAUCAGAUUAUCAUAGAGAUGGGUUGUUUAGAUGCUUGGAGACCAGUAUUAGUAUCUUGGAUGACGUAGCCAGAGAAUGCUUUUUAGACUUGGGGGCAUUUCCAGAGGAUAAAAAAAUUUGUGCUGAUGUACUGUUGCACAUUUGGGUUUAUGUCCGGAAGCUGGAGUGGCAUGAUGCAUUUGCCAUAUUGUUGGAACUUGCAAGGAGAAAUCUGUUGAACAUAACCUGCAAUUCUAGAAACACAGCAGAAAUCUCUUAUGGAAAUGCCUCCGAGCUAUACUUUUCUCAGCAUGAUGUUUUGCGAGACUUGGCCUUAUAUUUAGGAGGCCAAGGCAUUGCAUUCCAGAAGAAGAGGUUGAUUAUGCCUAGGAAGGAGAAUAUUUUGCCAGUGAAAUGGGAGUUGCUGAAGGAUAGGCCAUUUGAUGCUCAAAUUCUCUCCAUUUAUACAGGUCCGAUGGACAAAAGUGACUGGUACGAGAUAAAUUUUCCAAAGACAGAGGCCCUGGUGAUACUCUUCGCUGCAAGUGAAUACCGUCUUCCCCCAUUUAUAAAAUCAAUGAAAAAUUUGAAAGUUCUAAUGGUAUGCAAUUACAGUUCAAAAAGGGCUACGAUAGAGGGUCUAGAUGUCUUAUCGUCACUCCCUCAACUAAGGAGUGUUCGCCUGGAAAGGUUGGUUGCACCCAAUCUUCAGAAACAGAGCAAUGCACUACACAACUUGGAGAAGCUGUCUUUAAGCUUGUGCGAAGGGUUUGGAAGUGCUUCCACAUUCGACUACACCAAGCUACAAGAAUUUAACGUGGAUCAUUGCAGCGAUUUGGAGGAGAUGCCCCCUGCCAUCUGUCAUAUGCCCUCAGCCCGGAUAUGGUCUGUUACUAAUUGCCAUCUGGUUCAGAACUUACCACAUGAUCUGGGAAAUUUGAGCUGUCUAAUAAUGCUAAGGUUAUCAGCCUUACCGGGAUUGAAAGAACUUCCGCCUUCAAUUGGAAAACUUGGGCAGUUGGAAUAUCUAGACAUUUCUGUCUGUGAGGGCUUGAAAGAGCUUCCAAAUGAAAUAGGACAACUUAAGAAAUUGAAGGAGAUUGACAUGAGGGAAUGUUCUCGUCUGAAGCGGUUGCCUAGAAGUGUUCUCGAACUAAGCUCUUUGAAACGUGUUAUUUGCGAUGAGAAGAUUGAGAAGCAGUGGUUGCUCGCCAACAAAAUUUCCAUUCCGGAGCUUAAAGUUGAAGUUGUGGAAGCACAAUUCAGCUUGGAAUGGCUUGACGAUUGACUAGAAGCCCAAAAAUCUGGAGAUAUUGAUUACCAUCUCGUUGUGUGCGGUUUUAUGUGUGCCGUAUUUGACAUUGUGGCGCUCUUUAUCUUCAUGAAAAUAGUGGCGGAUCUGGAAAGAGGAAUUUCGACACUGCUGGUUUUAAGGAUUGUACAAAAUAAAUUUGUGGCGCUUUAUCAGGGUCAUAUCUACAGGACAAAAUAUUGUAAAAUACUUAAGUCCUUUUACUAAACCAUUGCUCCGACAGAUGCUGCGGGAAGAUACAGAUCUCCCUCUGGAUCAACAUGAAGAUUGCAGCUGCGGUUGCAGCCCACAAGCGCAUUGCUCGACGAUGCCCCAAUUCGGAUUCACCUAUACCAAAUCGUUCCGAAAGCUCUUCCAUUGACACCCACGAUCAAAUUGGUCACCGCAAACUUCUCCCAUCCGAAGAUCUGUACGCUUACCCUCCAUUCGCAUUACCCAGUUUGAUCUAAAGCUUGUACCAAUCAAUCAGAAGGAUCUCUAGUGAGGCUCUUCACAGUUACAAGGCUAUGGAUCUGGUCUUUGUGUGGGGAAACUCUGUUUGCGCCAUAAUACCCCAUCCAUUAAAGGAUAUAAAAUUCAACACGGUGAAGCUCCCUAAGAGGAAUUCGUUUGGUCAAGUUGAGGUGAAACUAUUUUCUAAGCUACUCCUUAAUUUCUGUAAAACCCAACCUGAAGUGAGGGCCUCGUGUUUUCAAGUUAAGGUGUCGUAGUUACAUGUUAUGUUAAUUUAGGUUGUAAGGGUCCCCAGUUUGUCCUUUAGAAUGUGUGUUUUGCAAGAGUGAAGUCAUAAUGUUAUGGAAUUUAUGGAUUUUAAGUGUGUUGAUUAUUAU